GAUUUUCUGAAGAUGCAACGUUACCACCAUUGGACAAUGUCCACUGAAGAUGCAACGUAACCAUCAUUGCAGCGUCCAGCUUGUAGCCGCCCUGGCUUUGGCAGCGAGCCUGGGGGGGGGGCAAGCGGAACCAGGCGCCGCGGAAUUGGCGAGCCCGCGCACAAGGCCUGCAGCCGAAGUCCUGUGGACCGGAAGGCAGAAACACCGCAGGAGCAUAAACUCAAGCAGUGGCGAGGCGCCUUGGCUUGUCAGUAGGAGACGACGACAACCCCAAGCGAAGCAAAGUGUUAGCUGUCGCUGCAUCCAUCUUGCUGUUCAUCCUCGCGGGCCCCCUGCUCGUCAUCGUGAACAAGAAGAUACUGCGUGACAAUGGCCUGCACCUUCCGGCGUUUGUCUCCGCCAUGGGCAUCCUCUUCACAUCGAUAUUCACGCACUGUGCAGUCGCGUGCGGGUACGUGACAGUGAAAGAUAACGAGCACGGUAUGUGGAGGCUGCUUCCCGUGGGCCUCAGCUCCGCUGGGACUUUCAUGUUCGGAAACAUGGCCUACGUGUACCUAGAUGCUGGGUUUAUACAGAUGCUCAAAGCUGGAACUCCAGCGCUGCUCAUGAUGAUGCUGGCUGCGUUUAAGGUGGAGAAGAUUUCGAUGCAGUCUGGUGGUUUUAUCAUCCUCAUGGUAGUUGGUGGCAUGGUGUCUGCGCAGGCCUCCCCAACACUAAGCAUCCUGGGGCUGGGUAUCAUGCUUCUCUCCGAGAUCUUUGAAGGCGCCCGCUGCGUCGUCACGCAGCUGUUCCUCCAGAAGCUCAACUUCUCUGUGUGGGACGCUGGUUACCACAUGGCCCCACUCACUGCCGCCUGCUGCCUGCUAUUGUCGGCCGCUACCGAAUGGCCAGUUCUCAUCAGGGAUGGCAACUUUCCGUUGUUCACGAGCCAGUUGCCACUCUUGUUUGUCAGCGGCUGCAUCGGCAUCGCUGUGAAUUUCGCCUCGUUCCUUGUUAUAAAAUUAACCUCCAGCCUCUUGACGAAGCUGCUCGUGGCAGCCAGGAACGCUGGGCUCGUAUUGUUUUUCAUCGCGGGCGGGGAGCCAGUAUCACGCACCCAGAUGAUAGGCUACGGGAUAACACUGGUUGCUUUCACGGGCUACUCCGUCGAGAAGGUGUUGGCGGGGCAGCGACUCAAGAAGUUGUCGCCGUCUGGCGAGAAGAGCCCUGUCUAAACGAGUGUAAAGACAUCGAUUUUGUGGCGUGCCUUGCUUCAGAAGCCGCAGACGUGCUUUCUCCAUGAGGCCAACAGUGAGGUUCCUCGUGGCGACGGCAGAAGCCGUACACGCGUGUUUUCCAUGAGACCCAGCGGCGAAGACAUCAUUCGACCAUUUGCCACUGCUUCAAAGGCCGCCCCAGCCGAGGCUUCUUUCUAGAAAAAAGUGU